AUGUGCCCCUCAGAAACAAUAAACAAAACAGAAGANCUUUGUUCUAUUUCAGAAGUGAUUAAUUUCAACAGUAAUUAUUCUGUUGAUCUCAAGCCAGGCGUUGACAUCAAAAUUGAUGGUAUUCUAGUGCAGGUGACAUCUGAUGUUCAUUUUCAGGACAAUGUAGAGAUAGUGAUGGCUAUUGAAGAAUAUUUUAAACUGGAUAUUCCUGACAAGGAAGCUGAUAAAAUUGAGUCCUGCUCUCUUGCAAUUGCAACGGCUAGCUGUUUCUUCGAGACAGAGACAUUACAUCCUGUUCAUGUUUGA